AUGGCAUUCACACCGACACUCUUCUCAAAGGCUUCUCUUUUCUCUUACAGAAGAACCUUUUGCAUACAAUUAGCUUCUGCUUUUCACGAAUUCCAGCCCAACAAGAAGUGGAGGCAACCGGUGGCAUCAGUUCUCAAGCUUGGUGGCGUCAAGAUUUCCAAAGAUGAAAUAGUAAGAGAUGACCCAACAAACAAUGUUCCUGAUUCAAUAUUCUCAAAGCUUGGAAUGCAGCUUCACAGGAGGGAUCAGCAUCCCCUUGGCAUCCUGAAGAAUGCAAUCUAUGACUAUUUUGACACAAAUUAUCCCAACAAAUUUGACAAGUUUGAUGAUUUGUGCCCAAUAGUUUCGACCAUUGCGGUAGAUAUUCGCCUUUUCUGGUCAAAUGAUGAGCGAUUUACUUUUCAAUUCUCUAAAGGACAGCUUGGUAUCAAGUUUAAACCAUUUUCAAAGUACCCUCCAUGUUACAAGGACAUGAGUUUUUGGAUCAACGAUUCAUUUACUGAGAACAACCUCUGCGAAGUUGUUAGAGGUAUCGCUGGGGAUCUUGUGGAGGAGGUGAAAUUGAUAGAUAACUUCACCAACAAGAAAGGAAUGACCAGUCAUUGUUAUAGGAUAGCAUAUCGAUCAAUGGAGCGUUCUCUCACGGAUGAGGAGAUAAACGACUUGCAGUGGAGGGUACGAGAACAAGUCGAGACCAAGUUGCUCGUUGUUCUUAGAUGA